GCUCCCACAGAGAAACCAGCUCCUCACUCCAACCAGAAUGGCACCCUGCUCCUUCAGCACUGACUACAGCAGCCUCAAGAUGUCUCAUAAACUGAGAAAGCCGGUGGUGGAAAAGAUGCGCAGAGACCGAAUCAACAGCAGCAUCGAGCAGCUCAAGGCCCUGCUGGAGACGCAGGUCCGCAGGAGCGACCCCAGCGCCAGGCUGGAGAAGGCGGACGUGCUGGAGAUGACCGUGGGCUUCCUGCAGAAGCAGCUUCAGCCUCGGGCUGCGGCCGGCCAGCAGGGCUUCAGCCAGGGCUACUCCCAGUGCUGGAGAGAGGCUCUGCACUACCUGUCCGCCAGGUCCCCGCAGCAACACCGUCUCCAGGGCGCCCCGGCGUCCGCCCAGAAGCAGCGCCCCGAGACCCCAGCCUGCUCCAAGCCCAGGCCCGCCGCAGCGAGGCAAAGCACCGGGGCUGACCUGUCUGUCUGGAGGCCCUGGUAG